UAACAACCGAUGCAACCAGGAUCAGAUUGCACCCAGAGGCCUCCCAUCAAGACAAUCGCGAGCCAUAACAACUGACGACAACGGCUGACCACGCGACAUCAUUCAAAGGAACCCGAUCUGGAAACAACGCGACCGUACGGAUAACAAGGAAUCUGCUGACGCGAGAUACCGACAUUAUAAAAAGGCAGGGAACAGAAGAUAGCAUUUAGUCUUAGUAUGAACGUUGAUGUGUAAUCUUUAAAUUUAGCGAAAAUAAAUUUAUUUUUUAUAUUGUAAUCGCCACUUCGGUCAUUACUGGCGCAGUCUUUGUGAAAGUGUUGUGUAGUGCUGCUUCCUGGGAAACCAUCCGCGAAAGGACAUCGCUGGAGUUACGGGAGCUGCCGAACAACUCACGGAACCACGCUCAUCGAUAACAUUAACAGACUCCGGGAAUGAGGUUACUGAUACUUUUUCAUUUCAGAAAAGCUUCUAGAAGAUGUCAGAAUAGACGAGCAAAAAGAUGCCAUAAUACGGGAAAUACAUGACGCAGCACACAGAGGAGCAAAAGAAAACAAAAUGCAAAUCCUGCAGAAAUAUUUUUUCCCCGAAAUCGAGCGAAAACUGAAAAUAUUUGUUAACUCCUGUCAUAUUUGUAAAAGAAGCAAAUACGACAGGAAGCCCCCAAAAUUAAUUCAGAAAUCAUUUUUCGGCUCAAAACAAUUCGAACGGGUUCACAUGGACAUAUUUUUCAUGAAAGGCCAAAAAUGGCUGACCAUCGUGGACUCCUUCUCCAAAUUCGCCAACGCCAUACCACUGACAACAAGAACGAUAAUAGACAUAAAACGCGCUUUUUCCGAACACAUCAGGCACUUCGGUAGACCGCAAACGAUAAUUUGUGAUCAAGAGCCCGCUUUUACAUCAAUAGAUUUCGUCGGCUUUUUAAACGAGCUCGGAAUCGAAAUUCAUUUCGCGAGUAGUUCUAAUUCCAACGGAAUAGUUGAGAGAUUCCACUCAACGAUAAUCGAGCUUUAUAGAACACUAAAAACAAAAUAUAAUGAACUUCCGAUCAACGAUCGGAUGAAUAUAAUUACCGACAUCUAUAAUAAUACAUUUCACUCCGUGACGAAACGAAAACCACGUGAGCUAAUAUUUAACACAAAUAAUGUUACGAACGCGGCUGACGUAAUUGAACAAUCCAACAAAAUCCACUCUGCAGUAAAAUUGGAACUAGAUAAACGUAAACAAGCCUUCGAAAAGAAGCAUGAGAAUCGUGAAGAACCCAAGCCACUCAACCCUAACGACACGAAAUACAUAAAAAUUAGUCAAAGGUUGAAUAAAGAUAAAGACAUUUAUAAACUUUCUACCAUAAAAGAAGACAACCAUCUAACCUUCAAGGACACAAAUAACAUUAAAAUCCAUAAAAAUCGCAUAAAAAAUUAACAAAGACCACUAAAAUGAACACCAUAUUAAAGAAGCCAUUUGUUUUUCUUGCAGAAUAAUACUCAUCAAAACAAUAAGCACCACCAACUAUAAAGAAAUAACGAACAGCAAUGGAUUGGUUGCGUUCAAGAUCAAAACAGCAAGGAUUAGAAUCGGAUAUGACAGAAUGUUGCAUAGAAUCAACCUAAAUACAUUAAAUGACAAUAUAGAAAACAUAGAAAAAAUCAUGAAAUCGUUUGAAACUAUAGAACACCUAGAGCAAACACUACUAGAAAAAACCAAACUAGCAAAAGAUAAACUCAGGAGCCUCCUACCACAUAGAAUAAAAAGGGGACUUAUGAACGCAUUAGGAACAGCCAUUAAACUCAUCACGGGAAACCCUGAUAACGAUGACCUAAUAGUCAUGCAUCAAAGUUUGGGAAUAUUAAAAACACAAGGAGACAAAUUAGUGAACAAUCAGAUGAAACAAAUCCAGAUCAAUGAACUUUUUCAAAAUAAAUUGAAUAAUAUUACAGACUCUAUUAGUAAAAUUGAAUCAAAAAUUACUAAGGAAUACAACACAGUACAGGGAAUAAAAACAGAUUUAGAAUUCGUCAACCUUAUCUGGAAUAUGGACAAAAUUAUCAGCAUAUUAGAGGACAUCGAGGAGCAAGUAGAAUUUUCUAGAGUAGGCUUGAUAAACAAAAACAUACUCUCAUUGGAGGAAAAACAGUUAAUUUUAGACAGGCUUAAGACACAAACAAUAAAGCUAAAUUACUUAGACGAAAUUUUCCAAUAUACCUCAGCGAGUGUCGGUAUCAGCAACAAUCAAGCAGUCAUAUUAAUAAAGACCCCCAUUUUGGAUAAAAAGACGUACGAUUUGUUAGAAAUCCAUACUUUGAGAGUUAACAAUUCACGGAUCGAUACGAACAUCAACCUGGUAACGAAAUAUGGCAACACAGUUUAUUACCAACCAACAGAAUGCGAUAUUUGCGAUGGAAAUAACCUAAUUGAGGACGAUUGCAUCUAUAAAAUAUUAACUCACCAAACACCCAAAUGCUCGUUUGUAAAAUCAAAACAAACAACACAAAUCAAAGAAGUCAAGCAAGGAAUCAUCCUGAUCGACACAACAGAAAUCGUAGAAGUAAAAGACUCUUGCGGAGAUUCAAGGAUGGUUAGCGAUGCCACAAUAAUCGAAACCGAAAACUGUACCGUCAAAAUACGAAAUUUCACAUUUUUUGGACAACCUGACGUAACCUACCAGCAAGAAUACCUGAUCCCAAUAUACAGCAAGCCCCUCCAAAAUGGAAAUUUUACAGAUCUUGACGAUGAAAACGUCAUGCUACGAAUACAGAACUUGGAAGAACUCAAUGAAGUUCAACUUUACUUGAACACCACACAACACCGGGUAAUAAAAGAAAUGAAGUAACCAAAAAUCCGCCAGAACCUCUCGUGGCUACUCAGGUGGACGAAACUGAAAACAACGGAAGUAUUCCAUUAUCCCUACUUCCGGGGAAGAAGGCAGAGCAAAAAUGCAUCCCGAAACCAUGGAUCGAGCUGCCGAAACUUCAAUCGAGGACGCUUGAAACUUAGGGGGGAGACGUUACGACCAGAUGUACCCCACACGACCAUUUAGAGCAACAACGAAUCAUAACAACCGAUGCAACCAGGAUCAGAUUGCACCCAGAGGCCUCCCAUCAAGACAAUCGCGAGCCAUAACAACUGACGACAACGGCUGACCACGCGACAUCAUUCAAAGGAACCCGAUCUGGAAACAACGCGACCGUACGGAUAACAAGGAAUCUGCUGACGCGAGAUACCGACAUUAUAAAAAGGCAGGGAACAGAAGAUAGCAUUUAGUCUUAGUAUGAACGUUGAUGUGUAAUCUUUAAAUUUAGCGAAAAUAAAUUUAUUUUUUAUAUUGUAAUCGCCA